AUCGCCCGCUGUGAUGUUGUGUUAUUGGGGGGCGCCGGUCAGAGAGGGUCUCGGUUUAACUGACGAUGUCAAACAUGCGGAUUGUGGUGGAAUACGCGUCAUGUGUCCAAAAUCUGAAAUACAGGACAUGUCAGCGGGAAAGAGCUUUAUUGGAUUCAUCCGGGAUGGGAUAGUCUCGGUGCUGAAAUUGCGCAAUGAAGACAAUGAUCAUGAUGACAUACUACAACAAUUACAGAUAAAGAAUGAUAAAAUCAGAUCAAUUGUCUGUGGGGGAGCUGGGGCGCUCCUUCUUGAUUAUGGAGGAAAAGUUCUCAUUAUGGACAACUCUUCUAUGUGCACUCCUCUCAAAGGCCUGGACAACAGGCAGGUGAUUCAGAUCGCAUGUGGAGACCAGCAUUCAAUGGCACUAACCGAUGAUGCUCAGUUGUUUGUAUGGGGUGAGAACUCUCACGGUCAGCUGGGUUUGAAGGAAGGACGAUCUGGCUCUUUGACUGCUCAACAUGUUCAGAGUCUGAGUGGGAUUCCUCUGGUCCAGAUCAGCGCUGGAGGAGACCACAGUUUUGCCUUGUCUAUCUCUGGAGUUGUGUUUGGCUGGGGGAAGAACAAUGCUGGACAGCUGGGCCUAGGAGACACCACAGACAGGUACGUCCCAACAGAUGUAAGCAGCCUGACCUGGAAGAAAACUGUGUUCAUCUCAUGUGGUGGGGAACACACUGCCACUUUAUCAAAGGGAGGCACUGUGUUUACAUUUGGAUCUGGACGUUUUGGCCAACUUGGGCACAACUCAAUUACAGAUGAACAUCAUCCGCGGGUGGUCGCUGAACUGUGGGGAUCUAAAGUGUCCCGGAUUACAUGUGGGAGAAAUCACACUCUUGUGUUAGUGGAAUCGUCAAAGCUGAUCUAUUCAUUUGGAUGUGGGACACAAGGGCAGCUGGGAAAUGGACAAAUGAGUAAUCAGUCUGUGCCAUUACCUGUGGAGCUGCCUACUGAAUCGCAUCAUGCCUAUGCAGUUGAGAAAGUCAUUGCUGGGGAGAACCAUUCCUUCGCCUUGUGUUUCAAGGAACUUGGAAAUGAUACCGCAACGCCUAAACCCAGUCCAAGCAGAGAGAUUUUGAUAUUAGAUGACAGAAUGAUUGAACGAUGGGUGUCCGAAAGUGACCCAAAAUCAUGGCCAACAAUAAAAAAUGAAAUCAACAAAGUGUUCUCAUCCUCUGCCUCUCUGAAUGGAAGUUUUCUCAAAACAAACUGUGACGAACAUUACCAACUGUCUGUGGAGCGCUGUGCUUUAGAUUUUGACCUGACUAAACAGUCUUUUGCAAAGUUAUCAGAGAAUAAAAUGGUGAUGUCAGAGGUUGUGUGCGUCAUUCGGCAUACAUUGCUGCCUUCUCUGGACAACAACCCAGCUGGUGUAGAAGCUUUGAGGCUUUACCUUCUCCUCCCUGAACUCAUCAGCAUUCUCCAGAAACACAAAACUGAACUUACUGAAGAACUGGCUUCCAAAAUCCUUUGCCUGAAUCUUUCUGCUCUGGAGGUGUUAGAGAAUUACUGGUCCAGACUCCCUGAUGACUAUCUCAAAUGGUUGGUGGAAUUAUUUCGUAAAGAAUCUGCAAAGUUGAUUGACAAGAUUUGUCUUGGUGAAACAAACAUAAUGAAAGGACUGCAGAAAUGUUUGCAGGUCCUUCAGAUGCUUUAUAAGGUGUACUGCAGUACCUACAAUGACAUGAUCACAAAUAGGGAUUUCAUCAUUCAUGAAAUCAUUGAUCUCCUUGACACGCUGAAAGCCGCUGAUGAAGAACGUAUAAAAACAUUUUUGGGUGGUGAAGAUUUCAAUGAAAUUGAGAAACAGAGAAAUUACUAUAUUGAAACUCUUAAAAUGCUGGUCAAUUUCCCUUUUGUGGCUGACACUAUCUCAAAACUGAACAUUUUUACUUACUUGCAGCAAACUUUCUUGCAGAACAACUCGGAUCUAGACUGGUUCAUGCCCUGUCUCCAGAGCAACAUGUUGCACAUAAACCGACAAUCGUUGUUGAAGGACACACUUCGGUGUCUCAAACAAGGCCUCCUCACAUUUCCCCAUCUAUUGCAGGUGACGUUUGUUGGGGAGAACGGGGUCGAUUACAGGGGCUUAUCUGCCGAGUUUUUCUCCCUCCUUUCACGGUCAAUUCUCACUUGGGACCAAAGGCUGCUGAAAGUCUGUGAGAAUUCUCUGGCUUGGUUCAAUCCUGAUUGCACACACAAAAAAGAUUUGUAUUACAUCGGCAUUAUCUGUGGAAUGGCACUGUACAACCAUCAUUACAUGAACAUUAACUUUCCGCUGGCGUUGUUUAAGAAACUCCUCCAAUUGAGUCCCACGCUAAAUGAUCUAGAGGAACUGUCUCCCGUGGAGGCCAGAAGUUUAAAAAAUCUUCUCGAGGAGGACGAGGAAGUAGUGGAUGUGCUCUUUUUGGAUUUCACGGUCAAAGGUCAAGAGCUCAUUCCAAAUGGAAGUCAGACUCCAGUGACCAAAAUUAAUAGAGAGAAGUAUGUGGAGUUGUACGUCGACUUUGUUUUUAACAAGUCAGUGAAGAAUCAGUUUGAGCCGUUUUCAAGAGGUUUUUUUAAGGGUUGUCCAGUCAAUGCCUGGAAAAUAUUCCACCCUGAAGAACUCCGGGAUCUUUUCCAUGGUUCACGUGAAUAUGAGUGGAAAGACCUUUGCCAGGGAGCUACCUACGAACACUGUUCUCCCUCUGAUGAGCUUAUUAAGAACUUCUGGACUGUUUUCUUUGAGCUGUCUGAAGAGAACAAGAUGAAAUUUCUACUUUUCGUGUAUGGGACGGACCGUGUUCCUGCCGGAGGUCUCUCAAAGCUGGCACUGAUGAUUGUGCAGUUGAACCUUCCCGAGCCAGACGACUGUUUCCCAGAAGCCCAGACCUGUUUUGGCAAAUUACAUCUCCCCAAAUACAGCAACAUCGACACACUUCGCAACAAGCUAAUGCAUGCUAUCAACUUCUGUAAGGAUUUUGGACGGAUGUGAAAUUUCCUCGAGGAAUUAGCAGACCCCAUAAUAUAUGUUUCUGACUGCACUUUGAACCUUUUUAAGAAAUACAUACAAAACCGAGUGAUCCAAGUUAAACUGAGCUCCUUCAGUUACAUAUUUAAUAUGGUCAAUUAUACAUGAUCUAUUGACCUUGUAGGGGGAAAUAUUUAGCUUAAUGUCGUCAAAUUACUUUUGUAGAUUUAUGUAGGUAUUACAGAGAGUACAGACCUCAAAUGUUUGAAAUUAACAAGCACUGUUUGUGCUAUAUUAUACAGUCAUGUGAAAAAAUAAGUACACCCCAUGGAAAUUGUUGGCUUUUUUGACAUAUUUGGACACAAACAUUUGAUCCUCUUUGAAACAGUGCCUAUUAAUAAAGCUCAAAUACUCAAAGAAAUGGUACAUAAAAUUGACAUUUUGUAUGAAUUUUCAUAAUAUAAAUAAAGUAAGUACACCCCCUAGAUUUAUCACACCUUCAAAUCCAUAAACUUAUAAUCAGGUGUUCAAGAUUGGGUACUUAGUUUUUCAUAGGACUGUAUUUUAUUGUACUUUUUUUUAGUAUUAAAUCACCUUUUCACUGUUCUUACAGUUGUAAAAGUACAUAUAAGCACUUUAUUUUUGGAAUUGUUUAUUGUUAUAUAAUUAAAACGCAUGUGUUUGUCACUUU